CACAUCACACACUAGAUGUCAGACUUCGUGCGUAGUCUUGCUCUUCAUCUCCAGACGUCACGUGGUGGUAAACAAACCGCAGUCAUUCAUUGGAUAUGAGAAUAAGGAAUAAAGACGCGUUGCGUUGCGUUGCGUUGCCCCCCUCAAACCUCGGCGAUAUGGUUUCCGCGUUCUUUGGGGAAGUUGAUCAACGGUUGUCGUUGUAACGCCAUCGCGUGCGUGGAUUGUCGCGCUUCUCUUAAAGCCUGAAGAUGAGCGACCAGAGGAGAAAGUCGUUUAAAAGAAUCCUCCGGUGUGCGUGUCAACUUCUGUGGGUGGUGGGGUUGGUGGUGGGCCUGAGUGGAGUUUACCUGCUGAAGAACUUGAGACAGAGCAGCGUAUUCCUUUCUCACAGCUACAUCACCCUACCGGCUAUCCUCGCUCUCGCCAGCGCUGCGUUUCUAUUGGCCAGCUGGGGCCUCGGCUUCUGGGUGAGCCUCAGGGAUUCCACCUUUCUGCAGGGACUGUUUGUUUAUCUGCUGGUUAUCGUCUUUUGUCUGGAAUGUACGUCUUCAGCGUUGGCUUAUUUUCACUCUACGAAGCUGGAUUCAGCGCUAGCUCCCCUCAGCGGAGUGUUUCACAAUUACACAGGCCGCAGCCAGGACCCCAACUCUCGAGCUGUGGAUGUGACACAAAAAGAGUUGCAGUGUUGUGGGGUCCAUGACUACAGGGACUGGGUAAAAACCUUGUGGUUUAACCGAACAGGAGGACUCAGGGUUCCUCACAGCUGCUGCAACUCUACAUUCCCGUCCUGCGAUGGGACCGUGGACCAACCGGGGGAGCUCUACUCACAGGGCUGCCAGGUGAAGCUGGAGAUGAACUUCCAUUUCGUGCUGAGUUUCAUCAUCUGGUACUCCCCGGUGGUUUUUCUGGUGGAGAUCGUUUUGUUUCUGACAGUGGCACAGCUGAUGAGGGACCAACCGCAUAUUGAUUAUCAAGUACUGGUUAAAAACUGAAGACACUAGGACAGAUGGGACAGCCUCGUAUGUGCAACGAUACGAGUACAGCGUGCCUUAUUGUAUCGACUAAAUGUGCAUUAAAGUAUUGCUGUUUGGAUCAUUCAUCCUGAGCUGCACACCUCUCACCUGCUGGAUAAUACAGGUUUACUUCCGUACACACGACAAAACCUGUGCCAUAAAAGUGGGGAAAUAUAUUUUGUGCAAUGUAGUCGUUGGUAUUUAUGAAACCAAAAAGAUGACGAUGGUUUACGGAAAGCUGUUUAUGGCACUGUUGCACCUUUCAGUCUAUGAAUUUGUCACACAGAAUUAUUAAAAAAGACCCUGAUGAGUAAAAUCCAUUAUGAGUGAUGGUUGAAGGUACACAGGCACUUUGUUUGCCUUCUUGUAUAUUUCAUAGGCUCAAUAAAUAAAUCAUAAAAUGCAA